ACCUCGUCAGACCGCACUAACGUUUCCCAUUACUUCCAGGAGAAGCAGAGACUCACUAUUAGGAACUUUGCGUGCGACCUAUGGCACACAACUAGCAGGGUAGACUACUCCCUGACCAUUUUUAUUAACCCCUACGGUGUAUGGAAAGUGCUCCUGGAUGGACCUGGGCGAAAACAGCUGGUCCAUGGUCAAGCGAGAAGUUUCCAGCAGCCCAGGGUCACCGGCUGAGCAGACCUACCUGCACGGUGACAGCAGGAGGGACGCUCCCACCUCGGAUGAGCUGAGGACACCGCCGAGCGACCUUGACGCACUGGGACACCGCCGCUCCGACGGCAGAUCGUCACUACACUCCUACGUUCACUUCGGACACCAUAACAACACCCUGACCACCGCCGAGGACAUCCCGCUCUUUACGGAUUUAGACCAAGGCAGCAAAAUCGUCCUCACCAGCGGAGCGCACAAGGCGAGCUUGCUGGUGGACCCCACCGACAUGUACCAAACACUGGCCAUCGCCGCAGCCCAGAACCAGACUGGAUAUGAUUCCUCCACUGGCGGUUAUAUGCACUCCAACCCAAACUCCCCCGUGUAUGUCCCCAGCUCCCGGGUGGGCCCCAUGAUACCCAGCCUCUCGUACCUGCAGGCCAGCGGCUCUGCGCAGCCCAGCCACGCCGUCUCCAACCACUCGGUCUGGUCGCAGUCCGCCCCGGAGAGCCCCUCCUACAGCACCGGCAGCCCACACACCUCCAGUCGGUUUCACUACCCUCCGAGUCCGCCUAUGAAUAACGGGACGCCCCGGGACACCGGCUACAGUAACACGCUGAAUGUGAGCAGCAGGGACCAGUACGGGCUCUCGAGGCCCCUCAGCGGGACCUACGCGAGUCCGUACUCCCCUUACGUUGCACCGCAGCUCUCCCAGCUGCCCUCGCCUUGGACCGGGGGACCUUUUGAUAACACCAUGCUGCACACCUUGCAGAGCAGAGGCGCGCCCUUGAUUCGGGGACCAAACGGGGUUUCAGAUAUUCUCGACGACAUGGGGGAGAGCAGAGAGUGCGUAAACUGCGGCUCCAUCUCCACGCCGCUCUGGAGGCGCGACGGCACGGGCCACUUUCUCUGCAACGCCUGCGGCCUUUACAGCAAAAUGAAUGGGCUGAGCCGGCCAUUAAUUAAACCACAGAAACGGACGUCCACGUCCAGAAGAAUCGGCCUGUCCUGCGCCAACUGUCAAACCAGCACGACCACUUUGUGGCGCAGAAACGCGGAGGGAGAGCCGGUGUGUAACGCGUGUGGACUCUACACAAAAUUACACGGGGUACCUCGGCCGCUCGCCAUGAAGAAAGAGGGAAUCCAGACGAGAAAAAGAAAACCGAAGACCUUGAAUAAAGCAAAGGGAUCCUCUGGAAAUAACAACUCUGUGUCUAUGACUCCCACAUCCACAUCUUCAUCUAAUUCUGAAGAUUGCUCGAAAACCAGCUCUCCCUCCGGACAGGUGUCAGGGGUCAGUUCAUCUGUGCUAUCCAGCUCAGGGGAAGGAACCGGCUCCGGCUCAGUGGUGAAGUACCCAGGACAGGACAGCCUGUACACCAGCGUGGGUCUGUCCCAGCCAUCAGAUGUAGCUUCAGUGCGGGGUGAACCCUGGUGCCCCUUGGCCUUAGCUUGAACAUCUAAAAUCUCUGGGAGGACAGCAAUCCCUGGCCCCUCUGUCUGGAUGCUAGUGGAAGUAUUUGGGGGGCAAUGUUUGUUUCCUUCCUCGCAGCUGAUGCAAGAAGAGUCGGACAGAGGGGGAGAGAAGGGUGAGGCGACCUUCAGUCACACUGCGAGCUUGAUCCGAGCGUGGAAUAGCUGGGAUUGGUUUGGUGUGGGGGAUCUUGUUGCCUUUAAGAAAACAAAGGGAAUCACCAGGCCAGAUGAUCAAUCAGGUGGCCUGCUUUGGAUGGUUUCUGGACUCCGCCAUGCACUCUCCUAUCCACCAUGGCAAAGAAUUCUUAAAAUAAAGCCAUCAUGUACAUAAUGGAUUUCCUCGCUGUUGAUUGGAUACCACUGCUUCAUAAAGCGCUAUAUUCUUUAAGGACAUUUAGAUUUUUUUUUUCUUUCCACAACUGGAAUCAUGCCACAAGUGCCAAGACAACUUUUAUGAAUCAAAAGAAAAAAGAUAUUUAUAAAUCCUCCAUUGUUGAAAACAUGGCUAUGAUUGUUAAUAAAGAUAUCAAUAUAGAGUAGAAGUUAAACCGAUGUCUUCUUUUCUAUUUUUUUUUCCUUUACAAGUGGUUGUUUGUAGUACAGUAGUGUUAAAUCUGCACAUGUUUUUCACUGAAAGCUCUUACUGUAUUUGACUGAAACUAGGUUGGUUUAAACAGGGUAUAAAUGUCAUCUUUUGUUUAAUUAUUUACUGAAAAAAAUGCAAAUAAUCAACUCUUUCAGGCUAAUUUUUAAUGUUGAAAUGCUGUCAUUGAAAUGGCAGCACUGAGGUACUAUUCUCAAAGCAGAGCUACAAAAACUCUUUUACAUGUAAAGCAGUUGGCUUUUUUGAACAAAGCACACCCAGAAUAGUUGUGGGCCUACUGACCUUUAUGUUACAAGACAUAAACCGCAAAAGAAAACUGUUGGCUGCACUACGACUCACUAUAAACUGUGUACCUUUCACAAUGCAAGCAUGUACUAUUGCAUCAUUUUUUAUACCAAAAUUAGACCAAAGAGGAGAGUGAGGUCACCUCUGAACAAAUUCAUGUUACUUUGACGACUUUGACUAAUCCCUGUGAGGAUUAAAAUGAGUGUAAUGGGUCCAGAGGUUUAACAGAAUGAGGUGUUGAAGUGGAAGGGAAUAAAAGAAGCAAAUAUUACAAUGCAAUGUUUUAAAAAUGCUCAUUGUGUUAAAUUUUUGAAUUCAUGGCUGCAUGGGCGGCAUGCAAAAUCAAAAUUUGAGAGGCUGUGUUUGAUUUUUCACACUGUUUGUCUCCAGCAGAGUGUGAGUGGAGCCCCAAAAUGCCAUUUUGGGCCACAACAAAAUCAUAGGGGGGGUUAAACCUGAGUUACAUGUGAAACUUGGCGUAAAAAAAGGGUUUUAUUUCUUAUCUUUUAUUUUUUCUCACAGCUUGCUUCAUCCAAAAAGGGCAUGUCAUACAUUCAUCUGGACUUAUUUAUUUUUUGUUUAUUCUAGCAUCUUUUUUCCUGUUCUUUUUCUUUUAAAUAAAAAAUAUUUUAUUUAAAUUUCAGUCCAAUAAAUUUGAUGACGCAAAUGAAUUUACAGUUACCCUGUGUUUUAAAAAGAAUUGUUGAAAGAACUGUGUUCUUGCAUAAUAUUAAUAUUACUCAGGCAUACUUUUGUAUGAGGCAAUCACAGCCAUGCUUUGACUCCCUGUUUCUCCCUGGCAGAACAAAAACUUUAUUUUCUCAGAUGUCUUCAUGACUGGGAGGAAAGCACAUGAAAAAAAAGAGAAAAAGGGAAAAAACGAAAUUGUGUGCUUCAUUUUCAGAAAUUCACCAAAAUGUGUAUGAAAAAAUGAAAAAUGAUGAUGAUUUCCAGCUUUUUCUGGGUGGUUUGCUUCCACAUUCUGCUUACGUUUCAUUAAAGCGAGCCUUUAUUCUCCCUGACA